AUGCUAACUGUCGAUGCCGAAUGCAAUGUGAAGUUCUCAAUAGAUAAAGAUAUUUCAUGUGUUCAUCGUGUUUGCUGUGUCUCAAAGGUUUCUUUUCCUGCCCCAGUGCUAAUUGGUAUGGACCUUUUAAGAAGAUUUAAUUUUAAGUUUGUUCAUAAUCUGUCACCUCACAAAUCCUAUUUGAUGUUACAAGGGCGUAAAUUAUUCGUUACCUACACUGACGCACAAUCUUUGUGUAUCACGGCCAUUAGUAAUCCUGCCACGAGUAGCAUGUCAUACGGUGACUCUAAUAAAGUGCACGCCCUGCGUACUGUUUUGUGCCCUCCUCAUACAGGGAGAUUUGUUGAGGGUCGAGUGCCGAGGAGCUUUUCGGGGUCGACUGCAUUUUUGACGGGCGUAAGUGAUUCCGUGUUAGUACCGAAAUCAUUAGUGUCUGUAAAUAACCGAUGUGUGUUCGUAUGGGUUGUCAAUACGGACUCGAGACCUAAGAUGAUAAAAAAUGGGACAUGUUUGGCAGAGGUCAGUGAAGCAGACGCGGUUGUUGCCGCGGGAGAUGGUGAGGACGGAUCCCGUCAGGGGAGCGAUUCGGUCGAGGAUUCCGCAAGUGAUCGUAAUGAGGCUUUAGAGGAAGGUGAUGAACUCAAUGAAUUCAAUGAUGAUUUUGAUGAAUAUCAUGGGACGCUGGAUUUUGGUUACGAGGACUCCGAAUUCACCAUCUUUCCCGACAUCGAUCUCCGUCCUUCCGCCGACGCGACGGGUAAUGUGAGCGCGUGUGCCAGUGCCGCCAUGUUAGGUGUUAAUCUCAACCAUUUAGAUGAAUUGCAGCAACAUCAUCUUUGCAAGGUGAUCGCUAAAUUCCCUAAAUUAUUUUCGGAUGACCCCAUGCCAGGUCAUGUGCCGGGAGUUGAGCACCGUAUCGUAAUUAAUGACUCUAAACCCGUGUGUGUCCGUCAGUGGCGCUUACCCGAGAAGACGAAAGCUUUCAUUCGCAAUGAGUGCGAUAAGAUGAGAGAUGAGGGAGUAAUAGAGCCUUCGUCGUCACCAUGGUUAUCUCCGGUGGUCCUCGUUCGUAAGAAGAACGGUACCACGAGGUUUUGCAUUGACUUUCGAGGGUUAAAUGCGGUGACUGUCGCCGAUAGUUAUCCUAUGCCUCGUGUUGACGAACUCAUCGACGAACUGAUCUCGACGCUAAAAAUGCGUAUUGGUCGAUUUCUGUAG